AUGCUUAAGGAAGAUUAUGGUUACCCAGAUACUCUUGACUUUAGUGACAGAUAUAAAGAAGCUAUUAGAAAGUUCAAGGAAGGAAAUACUGACCCGAACCUAUUUAGCUUUAUGGUUCAGCAUCAAAUCGGAUAUAAUCUCAAACCUGGAAAAUACAAGCUCGCUAAGGGAUAUGAUUUAAUAGCAUAUCAUCCAAAUGACAUGGAUGAAUUUACUCCGAGAUAUUUGAUGUCAGAGCUAAAUGAUAAUUCAACUCUCUUCAUGAAACGCGUAAAAAAUAGAGACGGAACGAAAGAAGAAAGGUUUAUGAGUCCGGAUGACUUAGAGAGGGAACUUGUUAAAAACGGUCUCGGAAUAUAUGAAAUGCCAGCAGAUGAGGUACAAGAAACUCCACAGGAAGAAGUUCAGAUACAACCAGACACGGAAGAAAUAGUUCAGCAACAACAGCUAGAAGAGCCUGAAGGAAACGAACAAGUCCCUCCUUUGGAAACUAACUUCACAGAACUAGAUGAAGAUUUGGAACAGCCGAAAAAUCUUGACCCUCAACAAGUGUAUGAGGAGAAUAUGGAAUCUUUCCAAGAGUCUAAGCAAAAUUCGGCUGACAUAGUAGAAGAAUAUCGAAAAAUGUUUACCGACAUACAAAAGACUCCAACAUCAGAUGAAAAUAUUCAGCAUAGAAUGGAAGUACUGAAAGAUAAUGUACGCAAAUACAAUAAUCCUUUUUACUUACGACCAUAUAACGUUCAAUCUUUGGCUGAACUCGGUGAAAAUAAAAGGUUAAAUUUCAACAAAACAUAUAGAAAUGAAACAUUGUUUAAAGUUCAUUCAGAACCUAACCAAUAUGGAAACAAACCUACUUUUGUUUCUGCAGACUAUGGAACUACAAUGAGAUGA